GUCUUGGUGCUAGAAGCUUGCUCAGAGUAGAUACUCACUAAUGUGUUAAAGCUUUUGUCAUUGAUUUCCAGUUGUAUAACAUACCUAAAAUUCAUUGGUGCAGCUUUUUUACUAUGCCUUCUGUUGAAGGGAGGUUGUCACCUUUUCAGUGAUGGAUGCUUUCCCUGUUUAGAUUUUGAGGAACAUCUAGUUUUGUUUGAAAGCAUGCUGUACUAAAUUUAGAAAAAAAUAUUAUUGUAACACUCAAUUGGAUUUCAUGAGGUUGGAGCACACUUAUUAGUGGUUCUAGCAUCAUCUGUGAUGAUCUGGAAUGGUUUUGUUUCCUAAAUAUUUAUCAAUCAAAUUAGUCUUACAAAGGAGUCUGUUUAGCUUGAUCUUUCUCAGUGUGGUGUAUUCUUGGAGUUUGCUUUGAAUUAAUGGACUUGAAUGUACAGCAUCCUUGAAACAAACUGUUCACUGAAUAUCUCAAAAUUGAAGCUUUCUUCCUUUAAAUUGGAUUUCUUUGCAUAUUAAUAAGAAAUGUAGUGGCAUACUUUGAUACUUAAAUUCCCUUGGCUCAUGAGUGAUGCUGUCAAACCGAGUUACCUGAAAUUAAGAACUUAAUAACUGUAAUAAUUUCCCUCUUUUCCCCUUUCCCUCCUCACUUUGUGAAAAUACAAAAACCCAACAUAUUAAUUGGCAUCUCUUUAUCUUAAAGUUUUAAUACUGCACAGGACAAUAAUUACUAUUGUAAAAAACCUUUGCUUCUCAUGUUGUAUACACUAAAAUUUUGUUGUAAGUUGUAAAUCAUAUUUGACAAUGAGAGACCUGGAUAACUCACAAAGACAAUAACAUUGUUUCCAGGUUGUGUUAUUUGGUUUUGUUUUUUUUUUCCUCCAACUGAUCCUUUUCUAAACAGUAAGUAUCACUGUUGCUAAACUUCAAACAAAAUGGAGCAGGGAGAUCUUGGGUAAGAGAUGUUGCUGAAACUUCCUUAUGCUUUCCCUUUUACACACUUGUGUAUUGUCUUGAAUGGACAAAAAAGGAAAUGCAAAACCGCAGCCACCCUGUCUGUGCUCUGACAGUUCUUCAAACAGACUUUCUUCUGCCUUCAGCAGCAUGUGUAGCCCAGGAAUUCUUUCCUUUCAGUAGUCUGCUUGUUCUGUGUUCAAGUGUAGAAGUAGGAGGCAAGUAGAAUUGGUUGGUUGCUGCAGUGAAUUUUUAAGUCCAGCAAGACUAGUGUGUGCCCUGUUGGUGCCAUUUCUCUGUUGUGGCUGGAUAAAGCAGUAACCGAUUAUAGACCCGCUCUUUACUGUUACUGAUGAAGUAUUCCCUGAGACAUCUUGUUACAGUGAGGUAGGUGACAGAACUUUAAUUUAACACACUGUAAAAUAUUCUGAGUUUAAUUAAACAGCAUAACUGAAAUACCGAGGUAUCUUUGCAAUCAGAACGUAGUAAUCACCUAUGGUCUAGAUGUUUUCUAGGACACGUUUUCCUCCCCUACUUCUGCAGAUUGACUGUCAGAAACUCAUUGGUACCGUUCUCUGGGGACUGCAACAGAUCACUGUGUGAAGAGCACUGUGCAAACUUAGCAUUUUCCUAAAUGACUGAGCAGAAAGCUGAAGGUCUCCUCAAUUUAAGUAAUACAGUAGCUGUGAACUGCCACUCUUGUUGGAAUAUACUAACACAACACUUCUUUUGGAAGUACUUUAGUUCAGCUUUUUUAAUUCUUUAUUGUUUUUAGCUUUUGUGAGUUGAGCUUCAUUUGGUUCAGGAAGCAAGAGUCUCAUACUUCAUGGUGAUUUUGUAUCCCGCUUGUAGAGUUAUUAGGUAUAAGGGAAGUGAAUGUAGUGAAUGGAUCUUUUCAGAACCUGUUUAUAACACUGAAAAGUUAUGAUUAACUGCAACUGAUUAACAAUAUAUGAUGGGUUGUUUUGAAGCCUUUUUUUCUUGCUAUGUUUGACUGUGAUUUGGUGUUUAACCUUGACCUGUUGAUGUUUUCCCUCACCCUGUUUUCCUGUUGUGUGGUGUGUUCUAACUGCAAAAGUUGCACAAAUUUGAAAGACUUUGACUGGUUUGUAUACUACUGACUGUUUCACUAAUCAAUAUUUAAUAUGGUUUUCAUAGGAUAUGUAACAUGACACUGAUAUUCUGGACAGUUUAUCAUAGGACCCUCCGUGAAGCUGUUUUUUUGAAGUAAUGCCAAUAGAAAGUGGAAGUUGUGCAUCUGCUCGCCAAGCAAAGCAGAAACGUAAAUCACACAGUCUUUCAAUCCGAAGAACCAACAGUUCCGAGCAAGAACGGGCAGGACUGCAGAGAGACAUGUUGGAAGGGCAGGAUUCUAAACUACCAUCUUCUGUACGCAAUACACUCCUUGAGCUUUUUGGACAAAUAGAGCGGGAGUUUGAAAACCUGUAUAUUGAAAAUUUAGAAUUACGUAGAGAGAUUGAUACACUGAAUGAGCGUUUAGCAGGUGAAGGACAGACAAUUGAUGGAGCAGAACUGAGCAAAGGACAGCUGAAAGCAAAAGCCAGUCAUAGUACCAGUCAGCUUUCUCAGAAAUUAAAGACAACUUACAAGGCAUCUACUAGCAAGAUUGUAUCCAGUUUUAAAACCACAACAUCAAGGGCAAUCUGUCAACUGGUAAAGGAAUAUGUUGGCCACAGGGAUGGUAUUUGGGAUGUCAGUGUCGCGAAAACUCAACCAGUGGUGUUGGGAACUGCAUCUGCUGAUCACACUGCUUUGCUGUGGAGCAUAGAAACAGGGAAGUGCCUUACCAAGUAUGUAGGGCAUGUCGGAUCAGUAAAUUCCAUCAAGUUUCAUCCAACUGAGCAAGUGGCUCUUACAGCAUCUGGAGACCAGACAGCUCACAUCUGGAGGUACAUAGUACAGUUGCCUACACCUCAGCCAACUGCAGACUGCAAUCAAAUGUCUGGAGAAGAUGAGGUUGAGGUCUCAGAUAAAGAUGAACCUGAUGGAGAUGGAGAUGGUUCUAGUGAUUGUCCCACUGUCAGAGGCCCAUUAACUUCGCUCAAAAGCCAUCAAGGAGUGGUCAUAGCAGCUGACUGGCUGGUUGGGGGGAAGCAGGCUGUGACAGCAUCAUGGGAUAGGACAGCCAAUCUGUAUGAUGUAGAGACUUCCGAACUUGUCCAUUCUCUUACAGGGCAUGACCAAGAGCUAACACAUUGUUGUACACAUCCCACCCAACGUCUUGUGGUGACUUCAUCACGCGAUACAACCUUCCGUCUGUGGGAUUUCAGAGAUCCUUCUAUCCAUUCUGUGAAUGUCUUUCAGGGCCACACAGACACUGUGACAUCUGCAGUUUUUACUGUGGGAGACAAUGUUGUUUCUGGGAGCGAUGACCGUACUGUAAAAGUUUGGGAUUUGAAAAACAUGAGGUCUCCUAUUGCAACGAUCCGUACAGAUUCUGCUGUCAACAGGAUUAACGUAUGUGUUGGCCAAAGAAUCAUCGCCCUCCCACAUGACAACCGACAGGUCAGGUUAUUUGACAUGUCAGGAGUGCGACUGGCACGCCUCCCUCGCAGUAACAGACAGGGCCACAGAAGGAUGGUGUGCUGCUCAGCAUGGUGUGAGGACCACCCCAUAUGUAACCUCUUCACAUGUGGAUUCGAUCGUCAGGCUAUUGGCUGGAACAUCAACAUCCCUGCUUUGUUACAAGAAAAAUGAAAUGCUGGGAGAAAUUUUGUAUUUUACGUUGCCAUGGACACCUACACUUUUGCAGACUUUCCUGAGUACUGGUCUGCAGUUGCUCUAAAAGCUCUUCCUGAAAUGGAGACUUCAGCAAAUGUUCUUGUUACCGCCUUGUGCACAGUUUGCAUGAAUUGUACAGAAAAUGUGAUUUUUUUAAAAAUUAGUUUGUCUUGUGUAUGAACUCUUAUAUUUUGGCAUCCACUGGUCAAUAUGUUCACUGUUGCAUAGAGCACAUGAAUGUUCAUAAGUUAUUUAGCAUUUAAUAGAUACACAGUAGGGCAUUAUGUUUGUGACAUAAAUGUGAAACUUAAGUAAUUAAUGUAGAGAGUAUAUAGCAGUCUGUUACAUUUUUCCAUGACUCUGCAUAUCUGCCUUGUGUUAAAAAGAAUCUGCAGGGCUAAAACUUUGAAAUGAAGUGUAAAUUUCACUAGUUGUAUGAUUGUAAACAUUUUUCUGUUUGCAUCUGAUUUGGGAUACUUUUUUUAGUGCUGCCGUAUAGUGCAACUUCAACUCCAUUCUUGUUCCAGCUCCUGGAGAAACAGUAGAUUUGAGAAGGAAAAUGCAAGCAACCUGUAGUGAGUAUAGACUGCCAGGUUUAUUUGGAAUGCUUUUUGUACUUUUAAAAAAGAAAAAUACUCAUUCUGCCUUUCUUAUUUAAAGUGAUUCUAAAAUCAUAACGUUUCAUACUAACAAAUUCCAGAAUAUUAUGAUUCUAGUCACUGAAAACUAGUCAAGCAAAUUUUGAAGCACUUUAGUUUAUAGCUAUUGUUAUAAACCAUUUAUGAAAGUUUAACUUUACCAGUGAAUGUGAGCUGACCUUUGUAAGAAGGAUUGCUUCUUCUUGGUGAUCUGCCCAGAAAGGAAGAAGGUUUUUUGGGGGGUUGUUGUUUGUUUUUUUUUGGUUUGGUUUGGUUUUUGUUUUGGUUUGGUUUUUUGCCUUUUUUUUUUUUUUUUUCUAAUAUACCUGCUGUGAGCAUACUUUUAAUUGUGUUCACUUCCCAUAUUUUUAUUUUGAGCCAGCAAUACAAAGUAAAUGAGUACUACCUCAAAAAUGAAUGUUGAUCAAGAUACGUUGAAUCUCUCUGUAGCCAAGAAAAAAGCACUUUUGGUCCCUGGCUGAAAUACCAUCUCUGAUAUGAGAGGAAAGACAAUCAUGCUAAAUGUGAUCCUUAAGAUAAUUAAGACUUAAAGCUAAUGGAGCAAUGUGAUAAGUAAACAUCAUCUCUCCCCUUUCUGGUCUCAGCCGUGGCAAGGGCUGCUGGAGUUCUGUUGCAAAAUGGGAUAAUUAACAUAGGUCUCCCUUCUUUCUCCCAAAUGAUCUUACUCUGGUUUUGCUCCUCACUGUGCUUAGCCUGUUAAGCACCAGCAGAGGGGUGUUACACCUCUGCUGCUGAUUAUGUAAGUAAGUGAAGGUGGCAGCUGACAUCUUCAAAAGAACAGAAAGGCUGCUGCAGACAGACACAUCUUUUUAGCUAAGGGGAGAUGCUGCCCCAUCGCUGACAUAUCACAGAGGAAGAUGCAGGGUGAUAGUAAGCCAAGGGUGGACUCUACAAAUGGAAUAAUGGAGUUUAUGGUGGGUUGGCAUAAAGUAAGUAUUAGGAACUCCAGCUCAUGAUCAUGUGAAGCUGUAGCCGUGCUCACGUCCUCUACAGCACUGUUCAGAAUGACAUUAAGACAGAUGGAUUAACUGGUUCUCCUGUUAAGUAAAAUAUAGUGGCAUUGGUGUGCAAUGGGAUGAGAUGGUGAAUACAUCGAUUGUAGGGAAACUGGGGUCCUAGAAAUGGGUUUGGAGUGUUACACUGAGGAAGCCCAAAGUGUUUAAUGGAGAAUGUGUAUAGUAUCUUUAUAGUACAGGCCAUUGUGUUUUUCUCAUUGCUCCUUUUUUUUUUAUAUAUAUAUUUUUUUUUAAGAUACAAGAUAUAUACAGAAUUGUACUGAAGUAAUGUUAAAAUACCAAAACUAGUGUGAUUGGAGAAAGCUGCUGCAGAGAUAACAAGGGGUAAAGGAUGGUAUAAAAGUUUAUUUUUGUUUGUUUUUUUUUUUGUUUCUGGGUUUUGUGGGUUUUUUUCCCCUCUGGCUUUUAAACUCUUGGGUAAAACCAUUUGAUGUUGGGUUGCAGGUUGUUACAGUUUGACUUAAUUAUUUAAGAAAAAGACCCACUUUUUCUCUUAGUUGACCGAGAGAACUUCACACAAAUUGAUGCUGUUUAAAACAGAGAAAAUGUCUCUCCAGCCCAUGCAAGCACUUCCUCCAGCAUGGUCUACAUGUGUAGUAUCUUGAGCAAUGACUAUCCUUUUGUUACCUGAAGGAUGAGGGUCGCUGGUGUUAAUCCUGCUAAACUAAAUUGUCUGUUUAAGCUAUUCUAAUACAUAUGUAAUACAGGACCACUAAACUCUAUGCAGUUUAAUCAUCAUUGCUGCAAACUUUUAACAUCACCAGAGGGACCAUCCUCUGGCACCAGGAGUGGGCUGAUCACAAAAUUUCACUUUGAAAAAAAUAAACCAAACAAGGUGCUAGGGCCAUGUUCUUAUGAGCAGGCUAAUACUUCAGUCAGCAAAAUGAUCACCUAGCUUAAUUUUAUAUAUUGUACUGAAGGUUAAGCUGAAGCUGCUAUUCCCCUUGAAGCAAAUCACACAUGAGCAGUGGUAGUGAAUAAUAUUACAGUGACUAAAUACGUGGAAAACAUUUCAUGGCUUUGGAUGUUCUAAAGAGUGUUUUUUGGCACUGAGCAAUGUCCAGCAUUUCAUAAAAUGGAAGAGAGUUCCAGUUACAGUUUCAGUAUUGUGCAGAAUUUCACAGAAAACUCAUCACUGAGCAUAAUCAAGCUCCUGUGUCUUUCAGGCAAUGUAUGUCAGUUUUCACAAGGUUUGUGUGUACUUUACAAUCAGAAAGAUCUGAAAUGAAAAAUCUUGUUUCCUAAAUCUGUGAAAACCACCUUUUUGGAAAAAAGAAUUUAUAAGUUAUGUGGAACCACUUUUUAUUAUUUUGCUAAUUUGUUUUUAGAUGUAAAAUGUUUUUCUUUAUUAUGAUUCAAAAGGCAUUAAAACAUUCAACAACUGGGAUUUUUUUGGAA